AUACGAAUAAUGCCGAUGUGGCGCGUAUGAUAACGAUCCUCGAGAAGAGUAAGAUUCUGUCGCUCCGUAACAUCUUUACUUCUGCUACUCUCAAAAUGUCUAGUACUCAGGGAGAAAUUGGUAACCCUAUAUCACAACGGAAUGAUGUCCAUCACAAGAAAGAUAAUAUAACAAAAGAGGACUCUGUUGACGCCACAAGUUACCAUGAAAUGCGGAAAAAUGCUAUUUCAGAGCUCAAAAAGACCCAGAAAAAUCCAUAUCCACACAAAUUUCAUGCAACUAUUUCGCUAGCUGAGUUUAUCAAGAAAUAUUCAUCUUUGAGUUCUGGUGAACAUUUGGAUGAUGUCUCCGUCAGUAUCACAGGCCGUGUUCAUGCAAAGAGGUCAGCUGGAUCAAAAUUAAUAUUCUAUGACAUUCGAUCUGAAGAUUGUCAGUUACAAGUCAUGGCAAACAUUCGUUCCUACAAAUCAGAAACUGAGUUUCAUGAUAUAAAUGAAAUAAUCCACCUGGGUGAUAUCAUUGGCUGUAUUGGUUCUCCAGGCAAAUCCAAACUUGGUGAAUUGAGUAUCAUUCCUCACGAAAUCAAACUUCUAUCCCCGUGUUUGUACCAACUUCCGCACAUGCAUUAUGGCGUUAAGGACAAGGAAACCCGUUUCCGUCAACGUUAUUUGGAUCUCCUCAUGAAUGAGGACGUACGGCAGCGAUUCAUUACACGGGCUCGCAUAAUCAAUUACGUCCGUAGAUUCUUAGAUGAUCUUGGAUUUCUGGAGGUUGAAACACCUAUGAUGAAUACAAUUGCUGGUGGAGCAGCAGCAAAACCAUUUGUCACGUAUCAUAAUGACCUAAAUAUGAAUUUAUAUAUGCGUGUUGCACCAGAACUUUACCUAAAAAUGCUUAUUAUUGGAGGACUCAAUCGUGUCUACGAACUUGGUCGUGUGUUCAGGAAUGAAGGCAUUGACUUAACUCAUAAUCCAGAGUUUACUUCAUGUGAAUUCUAUAUGGCGUAUGCAGAUUAUGAAGAUCUGAUGACUAUUACUGAAGAUUUGAUUUCUGGUUUAGUAAAAUCUCUUUUCGGUUCCUACAUCAUUAAAUAUCAUCCGGAUGGUGCGGAAUCGGACGAGAUAAUUGUCGAUUGUACUCCACCGUUUAAACGUAUCAAUUUCUAUGAUGAUUUAGCAGCUAAACUAAACACUAAACUACCUCUUCCAGUAACAUUUGAAACAGAAGAAACUCGUCAGUUCUUUUUAAAAAUUGCAGCUCAACAUGGUAUUGAUUGUCCAGAACCAAAAACUACAGCCCGAUUAUUAGAUAAGCUGGCUGGCGAAUUCUUGGAACCCUUGUGUGUUAACCCAACUUUUCUUACAUGUCAUCCAUGUAUAAUGAGUCCUUUGGCUAAAGAACAUAGAUCUCGUCCAGGUUUGACGGAACGCUUUGAAUUGUUUAUGCUAAAUAAAGAACUUUGUAAUGCAUAUACAGAGCUGAAUGAUCCAGUUGUACAACGUGAACGAUUCUUGGAACAGGCUAAAGACAAGGCAGCAGGCGACGCUGAAGCCAUGGUGACGGAUGAACAGUUUCUCACGGCUUUAGGUUACGGUCUUCCGCCAACUGCAGGUUGGGGUCUCGGUAUUGAUAGAUUAACUAUGUUCCUGACAAAUACAAAUAACAUUAAGGAAGUUAUCUUGUUCCCUGCUAUGAAACCUGAAGCCAAUAGUGCCGCACCCCUAAAUCCAACGUCUGAAAAGCCACAAGAUAAUAAGUCUUCUGUUUCUGUUAAUAGUUACAUACCAGCUGAACUGUUAAGCAAUACUGAAAAUUUACCAGAUAAUACUGUACUUUUGGAUAGCAGUAAUUUAUCGCCUAAAUCAUCAUUAUCACCUCAAAUCAAAGUAUCACCAGUACCAACUUCAAAAACACAAAAUUCUCCAAGUCAAGAAACUAGUGAAACGCCACCUUCCAGUACAGGUAAAGGCGGAAAGAAGAAAAAGGGACGACGAUCAUAAUUCCCAAAAAGGUUAUGACUGUUAAUGAGAAACCUGAGGUAGACAUUAAUGGUGUACUGUAAAUGCAUUUCACAAGGAUAACCUUUUGCUUAUGCUUUUUUGGUACAAAUAAAAUUUCACAUGAUCUACCUAAGUUUUGUGUUGUGUUGUUUCAUGUGUUUGUCUUAAUGAAACACUUUAUCCACGUUUAUCUUUGUGAUAGAAUACAUGCUUGAUUUUUGUCACAUAAGCGUAUUAACACUGUCCGAGCACUUGUCACAUAUAACACUGGUUUAAAAGGUAACAAAUUACUACUCAUACGACAGAUAUUUAGGGUACAAUCAUGUUUAUUUUAUCGGUUUCAUGGAGUGUGUAAUUGAAAUUUCCAGAUAAGCGUUCGAUUACUCAAAUGUUAAUCUAUGUUCAUGUCGAACAAUGUGUUAUCGUUGAAGCAGUGUAAUCUUACCAUUCAUACUUAUGGAGGCAGAUAAACAGUAAGAUCUGGUAGUAAUCUGUGUCUGUCUAGGUUAAUAUUCUCCACAAUAUAGUAAUCAAUUUAUUCACUAGGUACUUGCGUAUGAACACACUCUAAAUGUAAGAGUUACCGACACUAUUGCGGUUGCCCAAACUUAAUUAGAAGGAGUUGAUUUUUAAUUAGAGAAUUGAUGGUCAAAAGUUGAACGUCUUAAAAUUAAGCCAUUUUUCCUCGACAUAGGUUGAAUCGAUAGAAUGUAAAACAAACUAUUCAUACCCACAGUGGUAGUAGGUAAUCAUCGCAAAUAUAUAUCAAAAAUAAAACUAAUUUAAUCAAGUGAUGAGCGAUACGAGGUAACAGAGUUGGUAUUAACGGGAAGAGAUGGAUUCAAUAAUCCAUCCUAUUAGUCUGAGGUCAAGGAGCAUUUUUUAUUGUCUCGCCGACCCACGUAAGAAAAUUCACAUGUCUAAACACAAAUCAGGCUAACGUUUAUUGAAUUAACUAUAUAAUGAUAUAUUAUGAUCACACCUGCUCUUUAGCAUAUUUUUAUGCAAGCCUACGUAGGACUUCCGACAAAGGACGCUGUUUAAUUAUAAUUGUUGCUUUAGGCACAUCUUAUUAAGGAAAUUUAUGGAAAAUAUCAUUUAACCAAUUACACUAUGAUCGUUUUUGAAACAGAAUUCUGUUGAUUUAAUUUGUAAGAUAUAUUCCGUAUUUGUGGUGACUGUAGUAUUCACUUGAAAUCACGAGUCAGUCUAAG